CUCCUGGUCGACCAGUCUCUUUUUCAAUUCCUUUUUCUUUUUUUUUACGAGUCUACACUCAUUUGAUAUGAGCUUCCAAAAGUCUUUCUUCGUCGCUGUUCUUGCUGCCGUGCUGUGCGCGUCUCUGUCGGAAGCUGCUCCUUGGCCAGCAUCCUCCAAACAUGCAACUCAUCGCAGACGACUGGUCGGUCGCGGGGUUUCUUUGGAGUCUUACCAUCCUCAACCCAAGUUCCAAACCUUCGGUGAAGGGAAGUUGAUGGCUGACGCGCAAUCCUUCGCACAACCUGAUGGGCUCAAGUCGAAUGUUAUGAACUGGUUGGCAACCAAUCUCCAAGUCAAUUCGUCCAACCUAGAAUGGACGUCAGGAUGGGCGGCGGAGAACGGCCUUUCGUGCGGUUAUGUGAAACAAGUCCAUGACGGGGUUCCCUUUACUAAUGCCGUGGCGAACGUUGCCUUCCAGAAAAACAAUGCGAUCAGUUUCGGAAACUCGUUCGUCGCUACGUCCAACAUCGCCCCUUCGAAGCCGACGGUCGAUGUCGACGAUGCAAUUUCGACAGCAGAAUCGACACUCGGUGGUACCCACAAUGGUAUUGAGCCCGCGCUCCAAUAUCUUGCUCAGCCCGAUGGUUCCGCGGCUCUGGUACACGCUGUUCAAAUCGAGAACGAGGCCGACCAGUCCUUUGUCGAGGCCUACGUUGAUGCCCAUUCUGGAAAGCUCGUCUCCGUCAAUGAUUUCGUUGCUGAUGCGUCGUUCAGGGCCCUACCGAUCGACAAGAAGUUGAUCAGUGAUGGUCUCGAAUUGAUCAAAGACCCGGAAAGUCUCGACGUCUCCCCCCUUGGAUGGAACAAUGAUGGAACCACGAACACCACCGAUACCACCGGAAACAAUGCCGUCGUUGUCAAGCUUAGCGGCCAAAACCAAGUCCAGUCCACUCUUGGUAAGGACGUGAACGGACAGCUCACUUUCGACUUCACCUACGACCAGAAGAAGGAUCCUACGGACCCCACCAACAUCGAUGCUGCCCGUACCAAUGGAUUCUUCAUCGCUAACGAAUACCACGAUAUCCUUUACCGAUACGGAUUCACCGAGAAAGCAUUCAACUUCCAGAACACCAACUUUGGGAAGGGUGGCGCAGAGGCAGACCCAGUCUUGAUGUCCGUCCAAGAUCCUUCCGGCACAAACAACGCCAACUUCGCUACUCCCCCUGAUGGUCAGCCUGGUCAAUGCCGUAUGUUCAUCUUCGACCUUACCAAUCCUAGACAGGACGGUGCUAUGGAGAACGCCGUCCCUGUUCAUGAAUUGACCCACGGUGUCACUAACCGUAUGACUGGAGGUGGAACUGGCCGUUGCUUGCAAUCUCUCCAGGCUGGUGGUAUGGGUGAGGGAUGGUCUGAUGCUGUCGCCGACUGGAUGACUCAAACCACAGCUCAAACCCAGGACUUUGUCGUCGGACAAGGUGUUUCCGGGAAAGCUGGAGGUCUCCGAUCCAAGCCGUACUCUGUCGACCCAGCUGUGAACCCUCUCAAGUACUCUGAUAUCGGGAAGCUUCAGGAAGUUCACCAAAUUGGAGAAGUUUGGGCCAACACCCUCCAUACCGUAUACGCAGACCUCGUCACCUCCCUCGGUUUCAACGCGAACGCCAAGACAGACCCCACCGGUAAAGAGGGGAAUGUCGUCUGGAUGAACCUUAUCAUCACCGGUCUUACCCUCCAACCUUGCAACCCGACCGUACUCGAUGCCCGAGACGCUAUUGUCCAAGCCGAUAAGACCCUCAACAACGGUGCGAAUGAAUGUACUUUGAGAACGUCAUUCGCCAAAAAGGGUCUCGGGUUGAAUGCAACUCCCGAUUUCCAGGAUGAUGAUACUGUUCCUGCUAAUUGUAAGUAAGUUUGAAGAGCUUUGGUUAGGCUUGUAGGCGAAGAGCGCGGAAUAGUAGUAACUUUCAUUAAUGCGUGCAGAAGGACUUUUUUACGAUUCGUAGACUCGCCAUUCUUUUUUCCCUUACUUUUGGCUGGCGUUGAACCUCUGAAGGCGUAUGCUCUAGUUACAAAGUUUUUUUGCUUUCUGCUUUCGGCCGUAGAGUCCAUGCUGUGUAUCUGAGUAAUGGAAAUCAAUGCCUCCGAGGGUUCGUCAUACAACUCGAGGAACAAGGUUUUUUUUGGGAACUUUUAAUUCUCA